UGGAUUUUUAUUUUUUAUUUUAGGUUGUUAGCGUGUUAACAGUCGAAAAGAAGACUCGACCGUGUAUAUUUUGCAGUAUUUAUGUCAUACUUAUAUAACUCAAAAACUUUUGACGGCAAAUUAAAAAGCUUCAAUGUAUUUUUCUUUAUUUUUUUUAAAAAGUUUUUCCUUACUUUAUUUUUUGAGACAUAUGUUCAGGGAGGGCUUUGUUGGCUUUCCUGCCGCUCAGGCAGGCAAAAAGGGGAGAGAAGAGAGGCUUCACUGGCUGCUCUGCAGGAAUCCGGAUAUGAUGAAAAUGUUUUAGACGCAACUAUCCUCAGUAAACUGCCGCCACUGAGCGUCGAAGGCGUCGCGAGGAUUAUUAUUGCUACUUUUUUCUACACGUCAACAACAUCUGGACAAACUGGGACAAAGUUACGGAAAAAAAGUUUUUCUUCUCUUUCACUUCGUCUUUUCGCCCCCUCUCUCUCAGAAAGAGAAAAAAAGUUUGGAGGAAGGAAGGAAGGAUGGGAAUAAGUCAAAUUUAAAGCAAGGGAGUUGUCAUGUUUGAAAGCACUGAGGGCUGAGGAAAGGAAAGGGAGGAACAACUUCUUCUGCUGUGUGUUUCCCGACAAGACGACUGUCUCAUGUCCAAGGAGACUGUCCUUCCUCCGGAUGGGCCGGCUGCAGGGCCAGGAAAAGGCCAUGAGACAAGUCCCCUGCUGUCAGCCUCACACGAUGCUUGUGACAGUGAAUCAUCAGGAAGGACAUCGUUUCCCAGGAAACCAGCCACCGAAGGACAAAGUCACGUGACGGAGGAAAGGCCUAAUUAUCGCGAGCCUGUAAGAACUCAACCUCGGUCUGAGUCUGACUCGAAGCCAGCGCCCUCGGAGCCCACUGAGGGAGAUGCUGCCAAGGACCAAAAUGGCAUUCUCCAUAGCAGCGCUGACACACCCACUCUGAGUAAUGGCAGCAGAAUCCACCCUGCCGGGUCCGAGGCCACGCGGACCUGCUCGUGCGGUGCCAGCAUCGGCACGAGUGCCGUGGGUGGGUCAGGCCCUGGCACAAGAGGAGCAGCGCCAAUGACAGAGCAGCCCAAGAAGCAGCCGUCCACGCCUGUGUCGCAGAGGAUGCAGAGAAAACUGAGGUCCAGCUUGUCAGUCAACAGCGACAGCAGCCGACGCAGCAAAGGCAGUUCCACAGGUUCACAGAAACCUCCUUUACCAGAGGACUGCUGUGUUCACUGCAUCCUGGCCUGCCUGUUCUGUGAGUUCCUGACGCUUUGCAACAUGGUGGUGGCCCAGGCCUCGUGCGGCGCAUGCACAUCUGAGGCUUGCUGUUGCUGCUGCUGCGCAGAUGACCUGGGUGAUGACUGCAACUGCCCCUGUGACAUGGACUGUGGCAUCAUGGAUGCCUGCUGUGAGUCCUCAGAUUGCCUGGAAAUCUGUAUGGAGUGCUGCGGCAUCUGUUUCCCCACAUAGGGAGGUCUGCAGUGUGUCGGUGUGGACCAGGGUGUCUCUGCUGGGGAUAACUGGACCCCGGAUGAAAACACAGAAGGAAACUGCUGCUGCUGUCACUUUGAAUUCAGCAACAGACGGAGGGGAAAGUGUGUGUGUGUGUGUGUGUGUGUGAGUGUGUGAUAGCUGGAAUAUGUGUUGUGUUUGUGGAGGUCUGACUUUUCAGUAUGUGUUAAAGAGUGUGGUGUGGCUGUGUAAUGCAUGCUUUGAAAAAUGUAUCUUGACACUGGGCUUCUCCAUCAAAACCAGCUCAGCGCGGGCUAGAAGUAACUCCAAAUAUAUGAACAUGUCAGUUAAAUCUUCUGUGUAUUUUUUAAGUAUUCUCUCAGUUUCAGAAAAGUAUUAUCACAGACUGCUUUUAAAAGAUUUUAUUGUUAGAUCAGGAAUGCUGUCUAAUUGUUUCGCAUACAGUCUAAAAAAACAUUUACUCUGGAUUCAUUUACAAUACCUUUGUGUUUUUUAAUGCUCAGUUGCAGUCGUAGUACUGUACAACACUGUAAAAGGUUUAUGUGAUAGGUCAUACAUUCUUUAUUACUCUCUGUAACUUUGGAACACAGACUUCCAUUUAGAUAUAUCUACUGUAGAACAGGAGAAACUAGUGAAAUAUCAAAGUUGAAUCAGGACAUCACGCGAACAUGAUAAAGGAAAAGAUUUUAUGGGGACAAAAUAUUUUUUACUUUUCUACAUUUUCUACGUUUUUUUUUUAUUGAAAUGACCUUUUAUUACUGAAAAUAACUGCACAGAAUUACUGAUAAGCUUAUAUUUGUUGAAAUAAGUGCUGUAAUGUUUAUGAAAUUAUUCUACGAAACAAUCUCAUCUCACAUCUCUUGAUGAAGUUUUUGAAGCAUUGGGGUUACUGGAAAUUUAGUGCAGAUACAAAAGGUUUUCACCAGCUCACUGUAUAAUAUUCACACUUGUUUGUUUUCUGUUGCUGCUUGUCCUCUAGAGGGUUGUGGGGGGUCUGGAGCCACAGCUGUCCAUGGGUGAGAGGCGGGGUACACCCUGGUACACCUAGUGUAUUGCAGGGUUAACACACAGAGACAGACAACACACUAAUACUCACACCUACGGCCGAUUCAGAAUCACUAAUUAUCCUAGCAUGUCUUUGCCUCAAAAUCAGACUGAUACAUGUACACAUAAGACUUUGUCAGCUGCAUAUGGUACAAUUUUGUUUUUCCUGUGAUGCUAUGUCACAUACAGCACUCGUUUUGCGAGGAUGACUUGCUGAACUACACUCUGUUCAUGAGGGCUGUGAUAAGGAAUUAAAAAAUGGUGACCCUAGUUGCCAUAUAAGCGGCUUUCGGAAUUCGAGCCCAGUGACUCUCACUACAAAACAGGAGUCACGAACUGUCAUGAUGAAAUGGUAAACUAAUGCAGGGUAAAGGCAGUUUUCUUCUCCUUUUUUUCUGCUUCUUAAUUCUGUGUAUCUCUCAAUGAGUUUAUGGUGAAUCACCAGCAGAGUCAUUUUCUUGUCUUGGAGAUCCGCUUUGAUGUCGUUUAAGUGAUGAUACUUAACGCUGGCCCUCAUUAGCACUGCUUACUAAAUGGCAACAAAAAAAACGUCCCUUCCUAACGCCAUCAAAGAUAAUGCGCUGUCAUGUACAGCUCGUAUUAAUGGCGCACUGUUAGUCGUACGAGGAGGUUGGAUAGGCACCUCUUCAGCAGAUAAUGUGCAGAAAGUAAACCUCAUUUUCAUGUUUAUUAUGAGCUCAAACCACAAGUAUGUUACAGGCUAAAGAGUGUCAAGAAAACACUAUGUAGAUAAUGUGAAGAAUUUAUCUAAAAGAAAAAGUAUAUAGAAAAUAGUAGUUGUCUUAUGCAGUACUAUUUAUGCUGUGCCUCACGCUCAGUCCUUCUCAUUUUCAUUUUCAUCUUCAGCUUAAAUUGGAUUUAGUGACUCAAUUUAUUAGUUUUGUACAUUAUCAUAAAUCUUAAAGAGAACCAUUUUUUAAAAUAAAACAUUACCAAAAAAGA